AUGCAGGACGCCGACUGCCAGGACGCCGACUGCCAGGACGCCGACUGCCAGGACGCCGACUGCCAGGACGCCGACUGUCAGGACGCCGACUGUCAGGACGCCGACUGUCAGGACGCCGACUGUCAGGACGCCGACUGCCAGGACGCCGACUGUCAGGACGCCGACUGCCAGGACGCCGACUGCCAGGACGCCGACUGUCAGGACGCCGACUGUCAGGACGCCGACUGCCAGGACGCCGACUGUCAGGACGCCGACUGUCAGGACGCCGACUGUCAGGACGCCGACUGCCAGGACGCCGACUGCCAGGACGCCGACUGUCAGGACGCCGACUGUCAGGACGCCGACUGUCAGGACGCCGACUGUCAGGACGCCGACUGCCAGGACGCCGACUGUCAGGACGCCGACUGCCAGGACCCCGACGGGACGUCUUUGGUGACGAGGUCGCCGCCGACGGGCCUUCGUCAGAGACUCGGAGACCCUCUCGACCCACUUUUCUUUUCUUACUUUGCAGGCUUAUAG